ACCUCCUCUCACAUUCUCGUCAGGUCGGAGGUGAGGGGUGUCCGGGGCGAGUUAUUUCACCUUUUGGAGAAUGAAAUAAGUGAUGAAAAUGAAUAAAACUACUUCGUAUUAAUAUUUGUGCCCGAGGCUCUGAAUACUUCCAGUUUAUAUGCGAGUCUAGCCUCUAGAGCAAUGUCCCGUCUUCUUCAUUCCCUGAACCGUCAAUGCGCUUCCCCGUCCACGUCUUUUCCCCGUGCGCUCGCCCAUUUUCGCCGGUCAAAGUCUAACAGCUCCGGCGGCGGUGAAGACGAUGUCCCACACCCACGCCUCAUAGAGAUCGACUUGGAAUCGUCGACCACGGAUCGGGAUCCUGCCGUCUCCGGCAUGCAUAUGCUCGACGAUGUCAUACACAGCCUCAUCCUGCGCCGAUCUGCCCCAGAUUGGCUCCCUUUCCUCCCUGGAUACUCCUACUGGGUCCCUCCUCGCCAUCCGCGCAACAUCGUAGAGGUCGUCCGCAAGAUCUCCGCUGCUAAAGCUCGUCCCUCUCCUCUUUCAGACGAUGAAUGGAUGGCUGUCACCUCGCCUAGCGGCUGGCCUUCCUCCAACUAUUUUUACCAAGGGAGUGCCCCCAUGUAUCCGUUUGCAUCACAAGUGAUAGAAGUGAAAGUGAAGCUUCAGGAAAACUUUGACGACGAAUCUGAAUCUGAGGAUGAGGACGACUGAAUAGCUUAUAUUUGUAUAUCAGGUUGUUGGGGCUAACAAGCAAGCUUUGCGAGGCUGGGGAAAAAUAUGAAACUGGCAAUGAAGGACAAGAAAUGGCAUACUAGAGAUUGAGAUUGAGUUCAGCACAGUGGAUUCAUGCUCCUUUACGCCUUAAACAAAAUACAAUGCACUAAGAAAUGAUGUUUGGAUAAUAAACCUUUGUAUAUAAUUGAAUCUGACAAUCAAGACUUGUUCUGUUUAAUGUUUGAUUCUUAAUGUUAUCAAAAUAAUCUAUAUUCCUUACACUUCCAUAACUUGGCACUUUUCCCAAAUC